CGGCUACAUCUCUUCCUAAAAAGAAAAGUGAUUACCGUCAAUUUUAUACCGUUUUUGUAGUGAAGAAAAAAAAAUAAUUAUUAUUUUAAAUUUUAUAACCGUUUUUAAUAUUUUCUUCUAUUUUAAUAUAAGUAUUUAAUUUCUUUAAAUUUGAAUAUACAAAGUUGAAUCUUUUGUGCAAAAAAAAGUACAAAAAGUGAUAAAACGUGCCAAGUGCCUUUGCCAACAAAACAAACAUAUUCUAAACAUUUUUAACAAAAAACAUCUUGGAUCAAUUUUUAAAAUAAAUCAAUAAUAAUUUUAAAAAAAGUGUAAUAAUAAUACAAAUAAAAAAGCCUUUUUUAAAUCUACAUAAUUCUAGCCGGUUUUGGUUAGAUUUUUGUUAAAAUUGAAACAAAUAAAAGGUUAAUAAACUAAGCAACAUUGUAUCUAAACAUAUUCUCAACAAAGGAAGAAGAAUCAAAUAAUUUAAAUUUAAAUAUUUAAUUUAUUACUGUUUUGUGUUCAAAAAGUGUAUAAGGUGCACAAGGGAUGUCUAAUCCAGAUAAAAAAGGAUUUAGUAAAAUAAGCAAUUUGGUAUCAUGUCGUCAAGUACUGAAUAUUAUGACAAUGUUCGGCUUUAUGCUGAACUAUGCCUUGAGAGUGAAUCUCACCAUAGCCAUAGUGGCAAUGGUAAAAACCAAUACCACAAACACCAUUGGAGUAAUCCUUAAUGGCAAUAGUACUACAAAUCUGACAACACCAUCAUCAAAUGUCAGUCCAGCAGGUGAAGUGGAAGAUGAAAAAUUCGCUUGGGACUCGUACCAGCAGAACUUUGUUCUGGGCAGUUUCUUUUGGGGUUAUAUUUUGACAGAAUUGCCCGGUGGUCGAUUAGCUGAAUUGAUUGGUGGUCGAAGGGUAUUCGGACACUCGAUGUUAUGGGCGUCUCUAUUGACCUUAUUUACACCGAUGGCAGCUCACUUUGAUUAUGUGGCUUUGAUUGUUGUCAGAGUUGUUCUGGGCUUUAUGUUGGGUGCGUCAUGGCCAGCAAUUCACCCAGUUGCAGCAGUGUGGAUUCCCCCACUAGAUCGUUCCAAAUUCAUGUCAAACAUGAUGGCUUCAUCCCUUGGUGCUGCAAUUACUAUGCCAAUUUGUGGAUUCUUUAUUUCAUCAUUUGGCUGGGCUAGUGUAUUUUAUUUAACCGGUGGUGUUGGUUUAUUGUGGUCAAUUUGUUGGUUCCUCUUUGUUUUCGACACACCCGCAACCCAUCCAAGAAUCUCCCCCGAAGAACGUCGUGAAAUUGAAGAAGCUAUUGGUUCGUCUACGUCGAAAAAACGUCCUAGCCAUGUUCCAUGGGGUGAAUUAUUGACAUCAUCAGCUGUCUGGGCAAUUAUCAUUACACACGGAUUGUCAGUAUUUGGAUUCUUUACUGUGAUCAAUCAAUUACCAACUUAUAUGCAUGACAUAUUGAACUUCAAUAUUAAAAAGAAUGGACUUUUCUCAUCACUACCAUACCUCGGUAAAUACAUUAUGGCCUUAAGUUCUUCAUAUUUAGCUGAUUUCCUCAGACAAAAGGGAACAUUAUCGACAACAGCUACAAGAAAAGUGUUUACUACAUUUGCUUUGUUCACACCUGGACUUUUGAUGGUUGUCCAAGUAUAUUUGGGUGAUGUUGCGGGCUGGUCGGUAGCUAUCUUCACUCUAGCCUUAUUCUUCCAUGGAGCAGUAACAGCUGGUUACUUAGGAAAUGGUCUCGAUAUUGCUCCAAAUUUCAGUGGAACAAUAUUCGGAAUGGCCAAUACACUGUCAUCGUUUGGUGGUUUCCUGUCGACGUGGAUGGUUGGUGCUCUAACUUAUAAAGAUAAAACCUACCACCAAUGGCAAAUUGUGUUCUGGGUACUUGCAGCUACAUACAUGUCUGGAGCAAUUGUUUAUGUGAUAAUGGGAACUGGAGAACUUCAAUCCUGGAACAGUCCACCAGAGAAAAAUAGAACAGAUGAAGCUGACCAAGAAGAAGGUCUGCCAUUAAAAGAAAAAGUUGCCAAUGGAAAUUAAGAAAAUCAAUACGUAUUUUUGUUUUUUAAAUAAUUUAAAAUUUAAUUUAUUUUUCCUUAUACAUAAAAAUACUACUUGUGUGUCAUAGAUUUUUACAAAAAAAAAGAAAAACAAAAUAAGAAUAAUUUGAGAGAAGCAACAUUUUCUCAUACUCAUUAAACUUAAAUUCCUACUCAUUCAACCUUCUUCUUCAAAAAAAUUGGAAGGUUGUAUUUUUCAAGUUAGUUAUGCAAAAUAAAAAUAAUUGAAAAAACCCAUGUGAAAUAAUAAUGUACAAUUUAAGAACUUUUAAAUGUAUGUACAUAUAAUUUUUUUUUGUUUGUUUAAAAAGACGUUAAUGACAAAAAGAAGAAAAAAAACAGAAAAUUUAAAAAGAUGGAAAAGAUUGAAAUUUUGACACUGCUAGUAUUCAAUUUAAUGUAUGUUAACUAUAAAAUUAUUUUUAAAUAAUACUUUUAGAUUUAAAAAUAUCAAAAUAAGUUAAAAAAUAUAUAAAAAUAAUUAUAAUAAAAAAAUGUAUACUUAAAAUAUUUUUAAAAAGAAAGACUUUCCAAGUAUAUAAGAAAUUAAGCAAAAUAAAAAAUGUAUUUUCCAAAAUAAGGUCUGUUAAAUGUUAAUUAAGACAUUUUUAGAGUAAACAUACUUGAAAAUAGUUAGUUUAUAAUGUAGAAAUAUGAAAAUAAUAAAUACUUUAAAAUUAA